GCUUCAGGGUUAGCUCGCUCGGCUAGCAGCUUCACUCGGACGCUGUCCGCCUCACAACACAGACCCGAUCCUCGGCACGGAUUCCCGUCCUAGCAGGACCUUUUCACCGGCACCGCCUCCUCCUGAUACUCGGCUGUAGUUCCCGGCUCCUCCUUGUUCUCCGUCCUCCUGGUCCCGGUCCAGACCCGGUCGGCAAACCCGAAUCAUGUCGGCGGUGCAGAGGAUGAAAGUGGCGAACGAGCGGCACAGCAAGACCAUCACACAGCGGGGACACGUCCAGAAAACAUCGCGGCCAGUAAACGAGGAGAAGUCUCCGGUGGGUCCGUGGCUGCUGGCGCUCUUCGUCUUCGUGGUUUGUGGGUCAGCCAUCUUCCAGAUCAUCCAGAGCAUCAGGCAGGGCAUGUGAUGACCUUCAACCCCUGGAGCAGAGUCACAUGGGGGGAGGGGGUGCACGUCGUCAUCAUGACCCGCCUACCGCACGCACACUCACAGACACACACAAACAGACACACACUUGUUCCUGUGGAGUUUAAAUCUGAGCUGUUUUUUCUUCCUACCUAACCCAACCCCUCUCUCUGUCUGCAGUAAAUCAGAUGUGUGUUGUUUUUUUUUU